AUGGCAAAAUAUCUUGUUGAAAAGGGAGCUGAUGUAAAAGGUAAAAAUACUGACGGAAGGACAUUACUACACACUGCUGUUGCUAAAGGUAAGCCGGAAAUAGUGAAAUAUCUUGUUGAAAAAGGCGCUGCUGUGAAUGCCAUUAACAGCAAAAAUGCUAACGGGUUAACAGUGCUGCACAGUGCUGUUGCUAACGGUAAGCCAGAAAUAGUAAAAUACCUUGUUGAAAACGGCGCUGAUGUAAAUAGCACGGACAUUCACGGGCGGACAGUUCUACACAGUGCUGUUACUGAAAUUACUGAAGGUAAGCUAGAAAUCAUAAAAUAUCUUGUUGAAAAUGGCUCCGAUGUAAAUGGCGAGUAUACUGAUGGAUGGACAGUAUUGCACUAUGCUGUUAGCAAAGGUACACUAGAAAUGGUAAAAUAUCUUGUUGAAAAGGGGGCUGAUGUAAAAGGUAAAAAUACUGACGGGUCGACAAUACUGCACACUGCUGUCACUAAAGGUACGCUGGAUAUAGUGAAAUAUCUUGUUGAAAAAGGCGCUGCUGUGAAUGCCAUUAACAGCAAAAAUACUAACGGGUCAACAGUGCUGCACAGUGCUGUUGCUAAAGCACAGAUAUUGACGGGCGGACAGUUCUACACAGUGCUGUUUACUGAAAGUAAGCUAGAUAUGGUAAAAUACCUUGUUGAACAUGGGGCUGACGUCAAUGGCAAGGAUACUGAUGAAUCGAGAGUGCUUCACCGUGCUGUUACUGAAGGAGCACACGAAACGGUAAAAUAUCUCAUUAGAAAGGGGGCUGAUGUAAAUGGCAAGUAUAUUGACGGAUGGUCAGUCUUGCACUAUGCUGUUUCUAAAGUCAGAAAUGGCGCUAAUGUAAAUGGUAAGAAUUCUGACAGCUGGACAGUCCUGCACGCCGCUGUCGAUACAGGUGAAUUAGAAAUUGUCAAGUAUUUAAUUGAACAGGGUGCUGACAUAACUCCUAAAAGUAAUAUCAGCGCUCUUGGCACUGACAUCAUGAGGAUGGCUGUUGUGAACAAUUCAGUUGCUUUGGUGAAACUCCUCUUGCAAAAGAACAUAGUUGUUUCGAGAGCUGGAACAUUUCUUGUCGAGGGAAGGCAAAUGAGUCUUCUUGAAUGGAGUAUUUACAUUGGUCAUGAUGAAAUAAAAACUAUUCUAAAGAGGUCCAUAAAACAUCGCGAGAAAAUUGAGAUGUUGAAAACAAUGAACCACAACCAGUUAGAAAAGACUGAAAUACCGAUUCAGGCUUUUGUCGCAACGAAUCAAUUCAAAAUUGGCGACGGUUGUUGUGGCUCACGUGUCUAUGUUGGUGUCAUGAAGGAUGAAAGUGAAGUUGCUGUUAAGAGAGUUUUGGUGCCAAGUGAGGACAAAACAGUUGAAAACGAAAAGGAAAUCAUGAGUCUCAUUGAAACGAAAAACUGUCCAUUUAUAGUGAGUUAUCGUUAUUUUCACUCUGGCAAUGAGUUCAUGUAUCUUAUUGUUGAUCUUUGCGAGGAAAACUUGAGAGAACUUGUUCAUGCAUGCAGUAUUGAACAUCUACAAGAGCAUGGUCCACGAAUGAUUAGGGAAAUUCUAUCAGGACUUGAAUUUCUUCAUGGUGAAGGAAUAUUGCACAGAGAUUUAAAACCUUCAAACGUCCUGGUUGAUAUCGAAGGUCACAUGAAAUUGGCAGACUUUGGAAUAAGCCGUAUUUUGAAUGACGAUGAAACAACAGUUGUAACAUUCGCCAAAGGUACUCCUGGAUGGAUGCCAUCGGAAGUAGCUCAAGCCAUUGAGAAAGAUGAGAAAAGUCGUUAUAAAAGGAAAUCAGAUGUCCAGGUAGCAG